AUGGCUAAUGGUGAGUCUGAAAGUACAAAUUGUGCUCCACAUAGUGAUAAUUUUCAACAUCUAAAUAAUCCUUUAAUAAAACAAUCAUCAGCAUCAUUAUUAACUAAUCCAACAUCUAACAAUGUUAAACGAACAUUACGAAGUACUCUAUCAAAUGCUAGUCUAAGUCGAUAUCGAUCAUCUUUUCGUCGAAAUAAAAUGAAUACUAGAUCUAUGAAUUCACAAUAUUCAUCUACAUCUACAUUUCCAUUAUUUCGUCAUUUUUAUCUUAUGAGAAAUUCAUUUACACGUAAACGAACACGAGAAUUAUCUAAUAAAAAUAAUGAUUCAUCUGCAUUAGCAUCUUCGAGAAAAAGAGCUUAUUCAUCAUCGCGUAUUGAAAUUAGUCAAGUACUUAUUACAGUUUUUAUUACUCUUGUAUGUGCUUGUCUUCUCAUACUUAUGAUUGUUCUCGACAUGGUAUACUUAAAUGAUGCUGUAACAAGUCAUAUUAAUCAACAAAUGAUUAGUAUUAGUACUAAAAAUAGCACAACAUUAUGUUUUCGUCAUCCAAAAGUAUGUGUAAUGAAAGGUUUAAUUAUAAUUAUAUUUAUAUGUAUUACUGUAAUAUUAUGUUAUACAAUAUUAACAUUAUAUAUACGUGCAAAACGUCAUUCACGUUUAUUAGAACGUAAAACAAAUGAAUUAGAAAAAGAAAAAUGUUUAACAGAAAAAUUAUUACAUGAAAUAUUACCACCAUGUGUAGCAAAAGAUUUAAUAAAUGGACGAAAAGCACCUGCAGAAUAUUAUGAAUCAGUAACUGUGUAUUUUUCGGAUAUUGUUGGUUUUACUAUAAUAGCAAGUAUGUGUUCACCAACUGAGACUUGUGAUAUGUUAAAUCGUCUUUAUUCUAUAUUUGAUUCUUUAUUGGAAAAUUUUGAUGUUUAUAAAGUGGAAACUAUUGGUGAUGCAUAUAUGGUUGUUUCAGGAGCACCGAAAAGAAAUGGUGAUAAACAUCCAAAUGAAAUUGCUAACAUGUCAUUAGCUUUACUUCGUUGUAAACAACAAGUUCGUGUACCUCGUACAUCUGCUCAACUUCAAUUACGUAUUGGAAUUCAUACAGGACCUGUAUGUGCUGCUGUAAUUGGAUCAAAAAUGCCACGAUAUUGUAUGUUUGGUGAUACAGUAAAUGUAGCUAGUCGAAUGGAAUCAAGUGGAUUACCUGAAAGAAUUCAUUUAAGUAGUGAUACAUAUAAACGAUUAAUUAAUCGAGAUCAAUAUAUAUUUGAAGAUAGAGGUGAAAUUCAAAUUAAAGGUAAAGGUCAUAUGUGUACGUAUUUUCUCUUGGAUAAAAAAUCAAAUCAACAUGUAACAAAAUCACGUUCAAAUACAUUAACUAAAACAGAACGCGAAUCUCUUUAA